CCUCCUCUUCCUCUUCCUCCUCGUCCUCCGACUCUGAUGUCGUCUGAUGAGCUGAGACACAUUUCUUCCUCCUCCUCCUCCUCCUCGUCAGUCGGAGACCCGGAGCUGCUGUUCCGUCAGUAACUGCCUCCCUCCCUCUGCUGACAGGGGGGAUGAGCGGGGAGGCGAUGGGGGGGAACCCAGGCAACGGCUCCCACCUCCCUCCCCCUCCCACCAUCGCGCCGGCCGUGCCCCCCUACGUGAAGCUGGGUCUGACCAUCGCCUACACCGUCUUCUACUCGCUGCUCUUCGCCUUCGUCUACGCUCAGCUGUGGUUGGUGCUGCGCUACCGACACAAGCGCUUCAGCUACCAGACCAACUUCCUGUUCCUGUGUCUGCUGUGGUCCGCCCUGCGCGCCCUCCUCUUCUCCUUCUACUUCAGGGACUGUGUCACCGCCAACGCACUCGCACCCUUCGCCUUCUGGCUGCUCUACUGCUUCCCCGUCUGCCUGCAGUUCUUCACGCUCAGCCUCAUGAACCUCUACUGUGCUCAGGUUUACUUCAAGGCGAGGUCAAAGUUCUCUCCUGCUCUGCUGAGGUUCAGACUCCCUCUGUACCUGCUCUUCCUCGGCGUCAGCCUCCUCUUCCUCGUGGUCAACCUGGUCUGCGCUCUGCUCGUCAAGACGACGGCGGCCGACGUGAAGACCGUGGUCCUGGUGAGGGUCGCCGUCAACGACAGCCUGUUCGUCCUCUGCGCCGUCUCGCUGUCCGUCUGCCUCUACAAGGUCGCCAAGAUGUCGCUGGCCAACAUCUACCUGGAGUCGAAGGUGAGGUCACGUGACGAGGACACGCCUCACGGGAGGAGGCGGACUGUCAGUGAUGAUGUCACUCCCCCACAGGGCACGUCGGUGUGUCAGGUGACCCUGAUCGGCGUCACGGUCGUGCUGCUGUACGCGUCUCGAGCCUGUUACAACCUGGUGGUGCUCGCGCUCACCGACAUCCGGACCAUCAACUCCUUCGACUACGACUGGUACAACGUCUCGGACCAGGCCGACCUGCGCUCGUCGCUGGGGGACGGUGGUUACGUGGUGUUCGGGGUGAUCCUGUUCGUGUGGGAGCUGCUGCCGACCUCGCUGGUCGUCUUCUUCUUCAGGGUCCGCCGGCCGCCUCAGGACCGGAGCACCGCCGGCUUACCGAACCACAUCCUCUCCUCCCGCGGGUAUUUCUUCGACAACCCUCGUCGGUACGACAGCGACGACGACCUGGCCUGGAGCAUUCCUCCCCAGAACGCACCGGCCAGUCUUUCCUCCGACUGGGGAAGUCGCCACAGCAGCUUCACUGUUCACACCGGCUCUGAUGAACAGCGUCUGACCGCCGCCGCCGGAGAGCUCCACCCCUACCCAUGACUCCUCCCCCUCUGUACAGCUUCACUCUGCACUUUGACACCGAUCGGCUAUUUGUUUAAUAGAAUCACCGACGCAGACGUUCGUAGAGUCACGUCAAGAAACUAGAAUGUUGUCGCAGGUUCAGGUUGUUUUUUUUAAGCCUUCGCUCGUCUACACAUCUGAAGGUUGUAGCGCCCCCCUCAGGCCUGUGAGAACAGGUGCAGCGUUAAACCCUUUCGCAGUUGAGCUGAAUACGGAUCUGAAAUCUACACAUUGACAGCCAAUCGAGCCGAUUGGCUGCUGCAGCGCCCCCUGUGGUGACGACAGAGCAGCGUGAGCUUCUGCUCAUCCAAUCAUGUGACGACGGAGGUCGAAACAAAUCCAACAGAAGUUUGAUCAACAGCAGACGUAUGUUUACGUGAUUCCUACGACGCUCGUAAAGAUUCUGUUCGUACUUGAAAGAAGUCGUAAAAAUGAGAGAAAAAUGGUGAACGUGGGAAGUUUCUCCUAAAUCACUCGUCGCACGAUCUAAAGGUCCCAUAUCGUCAAAAUACAGAUUUGCUGUCUUUUCUUUUUCUUUUUCAUAAUAAAUAAUAAUGUCAGUUGUGUGUCAAACUGAAAUUGCACACAAGAAAAUAUAUACAUAUAUAUAU